CACACAACCCACAAAACACAUUCACAAGCUACCCCCAGAAAUUUCACGUGCUCUGCUUUCUCUCCCUCCAUAGCUACCAACCAACCUCUCUCUCUCUGCCUCUGCCUCUGCCUCUGCCUCUGCCUCUGUCAAAAGAAAAGAAAAAAAAAACUUAGCAGCAGUAGCCAUCUUCUUCUUGUGUUGGUUAUUAGCGGUUGUUUGUUAGCGAAAUCCUUAUCCUGUUGGUGUCGGUCGGUCAGAGUGGUCGUUGGUGAGGUUACUGUUAUAUAACUGUCCAUCAAACCACACUCAGAUAAGGAGAAAGAAAAAAAAAAGAUACCUCCUUAUUACUUUCUUUCUUGUUGCUAUAAACAAACCCAUAAAAGCGCUAGCUAGCAUGGAAAGCAAGAAGCAAGUUGGCGGUGCUGGCUCCUCUUCUUCUUCUUCAUCUUCCUCUUCAUUGGAUCAUCUGUUCGGUCCCAAGGAUUCCUCUUCUUCAUCAUCUUCCUCCAGCUACUUCGGCUCCAUCUUCCCCCCUCCUUCCACGAUUAUGGGAAGGGACGGUACUGGGAGUAGAUACGGCGCAACCACUUCUCCUCCAGCUGAGAAUUACAACGCCCGUUAUGGAGCUGGGAAGGACCAACACGGCGGCGGAAAUGGGACGGCGUCGUAUCGCAACGAGAGGACGGUGGAGCCGUCGUGCUACUUCAGCUCAUCGAUCUACUACGGCGGCCAGGAGAAUUACUCCUCUUCUUCCUCCACGCCUCCCCACGCCAGUUCCGCCCGUCAUAACACUACUACUUACAAGAAAGACGGUGGAGGAGAUGACGACCCAAAUGGCAAUAACAACUCUGCUUCCAGAGGCAACUGGUGGCAAGGUUCGCUUUACUACUAAUCUCUCCUGCUACUACCCCAUAACUCGGCACCUAUAUGAUCUAAUCAAGGUACCAAUCAAGUCUACCGGAAUAAACGAAUUAAGAUGAAGUGGUUGAUUUGAUAAUCGAUCGUAACUAUAUGUAUGGAGUCCGCUAGUGAAGAGUCAAUAUUAGAGACUAGAGAAGAGAAAGACAGAGACAAGUAGUGGAUCAAUGAUCGGCUGGAUGCAUGAACGGAGAUCAAUCAUCAUCGUCGUCGUCGUAGAUCGAUUCCUGUUGUAGUUUGUUGGGUUGUUUUUGUCCCACCAAAUUAGUUGUACUAGUGUGUCUGCUGUGCUGUGUGUGUUCUUUUUUAGAAAGUUCUGUUAUGAAAUCUAAUGUACUAUAUAUCGAUCAAACAGUGACGAGGU